CAAGCCGUAGAGCUGAGCGCAAACGGAGUGGCUGGCGGGGGGAGGAGGAAGAGGAGGAGGAAGAAAAAGAGGAGGAGGUUGAGGAGGAGGAGGAGAAGGGGAAGGCGGGACGCCCGGGCAGAGGGAGCGGGGGGAGAGGCGGAGAGGAGAGCGGGAGAAAGUGUGGCUUUAAUUAAUUGCGGGGCAGAAGUGUGCGUGUGGUGCACGCGAGCGGGGGGUGGGAAAAGAGCAGGUGAGGGGCUGCGGCGGCGUGUGGAAGCGCGGUCUGUCUGUCAGUGUGCGUGUGGGGAGGAAAGGGAGGGGGCGGCUGCUUACCUCCUCAUCUGCAAAGGGGCGGCUGCUUUCACCCCCACCCCACACCCAAUCCCGUCGCCCCGUAACUCUGCUUCCUUCCAGUCCCCACCAAGUUGUUUAUUUGCUUCGCUGUGUGCUGGAGCCAUGGAAGUUGGUGGUUAAGAGGACUCCCAGCGCCCCCACUGGAUACGUACUAAAAUAAUGGAGCCCAAAGAAUCGUUGAAAUCCACAGGAGGGGAGGAAAGAGGGAAAAGUGCUCACUUUCAUCCAUCCUUUAGGGGUGGUGCUUCUGUCAAGACUCCUGUAUCUACAUCUACCCUGUCUGCCUCUUCCCAGUCUGACUCGAAACAGUCUGUUCUGUGUGACUUGCCAAAGGGGUUAGGAAGCAAUGUGCCACAGCCAGAUCUCUCCAAAGCAGUGUCACUCUCAAUGGGACUGUAUAUGGGUGAAACCGAUUCAAAAGUGAUGGGAAAUGAACUUGGAUUUCCUCAGCAAGGCCAAAUCAGCCUCUCUCCUGGAGAAACGGAUUUUAGGCUCCUUGAAGAAAGCAUAGCAAGCUUAAAUAAGUCCUCUAGCCUGACAGAAAGCUCAAAGGGAGCUGCAUCUACUAAUGUGCACCUAGAAUCAGAGUUCCCAGCUAUGGCUAGUCGUGAUCUUACUUUAAAUCAAGGGUCUUUAGCACAAGGCCAGGUUAACACCAACAGUGGCAACUUGAAGCUGUUUUCGGAAGACCAAAGCACCUUUGAUAUUUUGCAAGAUUUUGAUUUGCCACCAGUGUCUCCAGGAAAAGAAACAAAUGGAAGCCCUUGGAGAAUGGAUCCUGUUCUGGAUGAAAGUAGCUUGCUUUCACCUCUUGGUGGGGAUGAGAGUUUUCUCUUGGAAGGAAGUGAAAUGGAGGAUUGCAAGCCUCCAAUUUUACCAGACACAAAGCCUAACAUUAACGAAUGUGAGGAUCUUUUGUCAAAUCCUACAAUGCAGAUGCCACAAGUGAAAACUGAAAAGGAAGAUUUUAUUGAAUUGUGCACCCCUGGAGUAAUAAAGCAGGAGAAAAUAGGCACAACUUACUGUCAGGCUAAUUUUUCUGGGUCAAAUAAAGUUGGAAAUAAAACAUCUGCCAUUUCUGUUCAUGGUGUCAGUACUUCUGGAGGGCAAAUUUACCACUAUGAUUUGAACACUGCAUCUGUCACUCAACAGCAGGAUAAGAAACCAGUUUUCAAUGCCAUUCCCUCUCAUCCUGCUGGUUCAGAAAAUUGGAAUAGGUGCCAGGGAUCUGGAGAUGAUGCCCUUACACCAGUGGGGGCUUUGAAUUUUUCAAACAGAUCUGUCUUCUCCAAUGGGUAUUCAAGCCCUGGAAUAAGAUCUGAUGUGAGCAGUUCACCAUCUACCUCUUCAGCAACUACGGGACCACCUCCCAAGCUUUGCCUUGUUUGCUCAGAUGAGGCCUCUGGUUGUCAUUAUGGUGUCCUGACAUGUGGCAGCUGCAAAGUAUUCUUCAAAAGAGCUGUGGAAGGUAGGAAAUAAUCUGAUUAUUAC